GGUGCUUCUUCUCAUCUGCACAGACCUAGCAAGCCUAUGAGCUUCAUUGAUAUUCCAGCUGCUGUAGACAAGUUCCCUCUCGUAGGGACACUCUUUGACUGCCCUGGAAAAAGCGGGCGUGCGAGCCCGGCCAAAGUAUGCAUCAUUGCCAAUGCGACAGGCAUCUCACAAGCCUUCUAUGCACAAUUCGCCCGCUACCUAGCUGAUCAGGGCUUUCUGACCAUCACAUUUGAUUAUCGCUACACGGGCCUUUCCUUCUUUUCCGGCAGCGAUGGAGGAAUUCGGAUGGAACCCCUCAAUCAAGCCGACAAGGUCAAGAUCCUUAAGCAACACCCAGACGUUUCCCUCGAGACUUGGGGAAGACGCGAUAUCGCCGGUGUGAUUCAGUACGCACAUCAGCGAUUUCAGGGCAGCAAGUUGUACUAUAUUGGUCAUUCCCUCGGCUGCCAUGUUUUGCCACUUGUGGACCAACCUACGCUGGCAACCUUGCACAAAGUCCUUUUUGUGAGUGCAACAAAUCCUUACACGGGAGAUUACACAGACCCAGAGAUGUCGAGAGCUGGAUGGAAGGCAAUGAAUGAGUUUGUCGCAUCCAAUGGGUAUUUCGACGGUCGAGCCUUUGGCAUGGGUGGACUUCUUCCUGCGGCGGCACUCCAGAUGUGGUCUCGAUGGACUGGCUUUCGUCACUACGCUGCGGGUGAUCCUGAAUUUGCAGCGCAGUUCCGACGUUUCACUACACCCUUCACCAGUUUUGGAUUCAGUGACGAUGUGCAGGUGCGUAUGUCGCCCCAGACGGUCAUCAAUUGGUGUAAAGCGCUGUCAAGAGCACCGAGCACGUUGUACAUGUUUGAUGCAGCUGCUAUGAAUUUGAAACUGGGACAUAACGAUGCAUUCAGAGAGCGCAACAAGCCAUUUUGGGAGCAGGCUUUUCUGCGGUGGCUCAAGGACGAGCGUGUGGAAGGUGCAGUGCCGGAGCUUGUGCUUGGUGUGUCUCAGCUGUAGUAGCUGUAUGUACUUAAGCUUGUACUAUACUCAUCC